AUGGGAGGAAGUCUUCGAAAAAAAGGCACAGGAGUUCCAAUCUGCCGAACAAUCCGCAUUGGUCUAGUUGGUGAUCCCUUAAGUGGCAAGUCUUCAAUCCUCACAAGAUUCAUAUCAAAUCGCUUCCGUUUUGAAUAUGAACCUACUACUAAAAACAUAGUUGGCCUCAAAUCUUACAUUCUCGAUGAAGUUGCAAUUCCUGUGACAGUUGAAAUAUGAGAACUCCAUUCUGAUUUCAACCAGCCGAUAGAUGUAGCAAUUAUUGUAAUAGAUUCAAAGCUCCCUAUAAAUGAAAUCCAGGACUAUUAUAUGAGAUGGUUUAAAGAAGCACAAAAUUAUUUCUGAAAUGACAUUCAUGUAGCGUUGACGAAAUCUGAAUUGUCCGAAGAUGAAGCUGACAAAUUUGUUGAUAGAGUCACAGAUGCUUUAGUUCUUCCUGGGAAUAGAAAACCGUUUUUAACUUCAGCUUCAUCAAAUAUAGGGAUUUUUCAAAUGUUCAAAACAAUAAUUAUGUCUUUACUCCCCCUCCUUGAGUGAGCAAAAAAAUUUAAUUGUGAACGGAGGUGAGUCAUUUUUUUUUUAAAAAUUUAUAUAAAAUCUUUGUUUUCAAAAUUCAAAACUUCCAACCCGCAAAAAUCAGAAAGCAGAAAUUAGCUUAAUUUAUAAAGUUUACCCAAGCUUUGUUAUAAUAAUUUAUCAUUAAUAUAUAUUAUAGCUCGAAUGUUUAUUAGCAAAAUAGGAUUUUUUCAAGGGUUUUUAUCGCUCAUGGAGAAGGAGGGAGUUAUUAACAAUUAAACUUGGAUAAAUACCAAUAGAAAAUAUAUUUUAAUAAUGAAUUAAAAGAUGCUAAAAGCUGGGCCUGCUUAAUUAUAAGAAUAAGAAUAGUCAAAAAAUGCGAGGGUUAUAA